AUGCAGGGUUUGUGGUCCCGCGCUGUUUCGACGCAGUCCUCCUGCCGCUGCGUCGGGUGUCUGAGCACCACCGCCAAUGGGGUCACCUCGCGGGCAGCAACUGCUGCCAAACAGCGACGACUUCGAAUUGGAAACUCCGUUACCGCACUAUACACUAGCAUUUUCGCCGCCGCCGCCCUUGCCGAUGCGAGCGUGAAGGAUCGACGCCGACAUGACUGGGACGAAAAGAUCGCUGCGGUAAAAGCCGAAGUGAGUGAAUUGGAGGAUGAAGAGCAACGUCUUUUGGCGUCCUUACAAUCACGACGAGAGAAUCGAGGACUUGAUCGUUUAAUACAAGGGAGGGGAUUCGGCACCGUCCCACGCUUCCCCCUCGGCAUUCAAUCACAAUCCGGCUUCAACCGAUCUAUUAGAGCCUUUCACACCGAAAGAGGACGACUUAGCGCUGUUGGUGCUCGCACGGCUGAAAGCCAAAUGGCGGACAAUGAGCACGAGGUCGACGAAGAGGAUGAGAGCGAGAUCUUUCUGCCGCAGGAAACAUUACCCAGCUGGGUCUUGAAGGAUGAUCUUCGCCUCAAGGCCAUACAGAAACUUGCCCUCAGACAAUUUGCGAUCCGUCUGUUGUUAAGACCUGCUAUCGCCCAUCGCUAUUCAGGCAUUUCGAUGAAUUACGCGGCCGAUUUCGAAACCCCCCAGGUCAAUGUUUCCCAGCUCCUCGAGGAGUUGAACAAUAUUCGGAAUCGCAUGAGCGCUCUAAAGACCGACAAAGAUUCUAUCUACAGUGAUGUGACUCAGGAUUAUGCGGCCAGUAAUUUGGGCGCAAUGCAAAGAGAACGCGAGGCCCUUGAUGCCGAACUCACCAACGAUAUCCGCAUAUACACAAGCCAACAAAUGUCUCUCCAAGAGUUGCUUCUGCGGAUAUCUAACAAUAUUCUGAGCUCGCGGGAUCCAGACCGACCAACAGCCUUCCGACAUAUGAUUAUGGCAUUUGGCCAGACCCGUCAAAACGACCUUGUGGAAAUGCUUUUGCGGACAUUACUGCCGAACCGUUUCUAUCUCAACCCCUCGCUUGUGAUCACGAUAGUCACUUUCUUCAGGAAAUCAAAAAACCUCAAGGACUUCGACUUGUUUUUGAAGAUGCUUGGAGGGGAGGGUUACUCGGUAAACUUGGGGAGCAGGGGCAUGUAUAAGCACCGGAAGGUCAACGGAUUGGAUAUUAUCGUACCGCCACUGAAUAGCAGCAACCCGGUCAUCUAUGCUGCUUUGAUAGGCGCUGCAUUGCGUUUUGAUCAACCUGAGCGAGCCGACGCUUGGCUCCAGGCUGCACGGGGUGGAGGAUUCUUCGAUAGCUGGGAGACUUUGUUCACUUAUCUUCGUUUCUACAGCCUCCGAAAAGACUGGGAGAAGGGCGCCAAUGUGCUGAAAAGAGCCGUCACUUACCUCGUGUCGUCAACGGACCACCGGAUCGAAUCCGUCGAAAGAUUGCUGGCGCGAAUGGUCGGUCUUUGCGAUUCCUGUGACCGACUUGAAGCCUCAAAUGUACUGGUGAAGGCUGCUGUACACAGCGGCUUUGAUCCAAAACUUUUAUCAAGACAGACAGACUCGGCACCUUUUGUCAAUCCCGAUGCCGUUCGGUGGUUCAAGGCUGCUAAGCAAACCCCCAAGGAGAACCUUGACCGUCCGUUGUGGCAGAAGUGCUAUGACUUCGGAAAUACCUUUGGUGAAUAUCUGAGUCAAAUCGAGGUGCCAGCGGAGAACACGUUCACUCGACACAAUGCCAAAUUAGCCAACCAGCACGCGGACAAUGCCAUGUCCGCUGCGCUUGGGCAUGGCCGAGCACCCACAAACAGUGGGCAAAAGUCUCACGUAUCGAAUGACGACAUAUCCGACCUGAAAGACGAAGUUGCUCAUCUCCGUGAGCUCGUUUACGAACUUCGGAAACACCACCUCUCACCAUCUUCCACCAACGACUCCCCCGCCUCAACUCGCGAAGAGCCUCUUCCACCAUCACCUGAAACCCCCACAAUUCUCAACCCCUCACAUCCCAAGAGCGCUUCUGUAAAUCGCACCUUCAGUAGAACGUCGACAAAGAUCACCCUCGACAAACCCCAAACUUCACCUUCAUCUCCCGAGAUACCCCGAAAACGCAACACGCGGCGAAGAAACGGCCCAAACCAAGCGUCCGUGGAUAAUGCGGCUCCCGCUGUGGAAUCCGCGACAUUCGCUACUCACAUGUGA